UCACACCAUCUCUCUCUAUAUCUUUUAUUUCUCCUUCUCUACCUUUUUUUUUCCUCCUUCAUUUCCCCAUUAUCUUCCACUGUGUUCUUCUUCCUCUCCUCGUUAUCCAAAACUCUCGAGCUCCAAACUUUGAGAGAGAAACUGAUAUAGAGAGAGAAAGAAAGAGCAAGCUUUCCUCCAUAUCUUCUUCUUCUUCUUCUUCUUCUGCAUAAUUAUUAUCUUAAUUAUGGCUUUCUACAUGCAUGGCUAUUAAUUGGUGCAGUAAGCUCCUUGUUUUCAACACUUAGAAAAACAAAGUCUUCCACUUUCUUUUCAAAUACUCGGAGAGUAAUUAAGUAAGUUCAAGUUUAAGCUCAUUCCUUCAAGAGCAAGCUGCAAAAAUGGCGCCCAGAAACAGCCGUGGAAAGGGAAAAGGAGACAAGAAGAAGAAAGAAGAAAAGGUUCUUCCUGUUGUUAUGGAUAUCACUGUGAACCUUCCUGAUGAAAGCAGUGUCGUUUUGAAGGGAAUAUCGACAGAUAAGAUUAUCGAUGUUCGUCAGCUGUUAUCAGUGAACACAGAAACUUGUAACAUUACGAACUUUUCACUAUCUCAUGAGGUAAGAGGGCAACGAUUGAAGGACACGGUGGACGUCUCCGCACUGAAGCCGUGCGUUCUGGCGUUGGUCGAAGAGGACUACGAUGAACAGCGCGCCACGGCGCACGUUAGACGCGUGCUCGACAUUGUUGCCUGCACGACAAGCUUCGGAGCGUCGUCUUUGCCGGCGAAGGACCAAAGAUCGAAGCUCGAUGCUUCUUCAACUGGCUCCGGCAAAAAUGCUCCGGUUGCGCAGGAUAAGAUCUCCAAGAAAUCCAACGCCACGACCGCCGCCGCCGUCAACGCCUCCAAGUCUCAAGUUCCUACCGGAACCGAUAAGCGAGACGUGGCGGGGGACUCGGAGACCGAGAUGAGCCACUCCUGCCUCAAGCUUGGUUCUUUCUACGACUUCUUCUCUCUCUCCCACCUCACUCCCCCUUUGCAAUUUAUUCGAAGGGCGGCGAAACGGCAAGUCGAUGAGAUUGCGGCGGAUGAUCACAUUUUUUCUCUAGAAGUGAAGCUUUGCAAUGGGAAGGUGCUUCUUGUUGAAGCUUGCCGAAAGGGGUUUUAUAGCAUAGGGAAGCAGCGGGUUCUCUGUCACAACCUCGUCGAUUUGCUACGGCAGCUUAGUAGAGCCUUCGACAAUGCUUAUGAUGAGCUCUUGAAAGCAUUUGCAGAACGGAAUAAGUUUGGGAACCUUCCUUAUGGGUUUAGAGCAAACACGUGGCUCGUACCCCCUGUUUCAGCGCAGUCACCAUCAGUUUUCCCUGCUCUCCCCGUGGAGGAUGAAACUUGGGGUGGAAAUGGUGGUGGUCUAGGAAGAGAUGGGAAAUUUGAUCUGAUCCCUUGGGCUAAUGAGUUUUGGCAUAUUGCAUCCAUGCCUUGCAAGACAGCCGAGGAGAGGCAGAUUCGUGAUAGGAAAGCAUUCCUUCUUCACAGCCUAUUCGUCGAUGUUUCCAUUUUUAGAGCCAUUAAGGCUGUGCAGCAUGUAAUGGGAAAACCGGAAUUGACUUGUUCAGUUCCAAACAGUGAGAUUCUUUACUCCAAGAGUGUAGGGGACUUGAAUGUCACAGUUAUGAAAGAUGUUUCUAAUGCAAGCUGUAAGGUAGAUACUAAAAUUGAUGGAAUUCAAGCAACUGGAGUGGACGAAGCGAAUCUAGCGCAACGAAACCUUCUGAAAGGGAUCACCGCAGAUGAAAAUACUGCUGCCCACGAUGUCAACACUCUAGGUGUUGUCAAUGUCAGAUACUGUGGUUACAUUGCAGUUGUCAAGGUUGAGGGGAAAGAAAAUAAGAAAGUUGGUUCUCCAUCUCAGAGCAUUGAAUUUGUUGAUCAACCCGAAGGUGGUGCCAAUGCCCUUAAUAUCAACAGUUUAAGAUUACUACUUCACAAGACAAUACCUUCAGAGCAGAAUAAACCGGCAUCACAUAUGCAAACUCUGGAACACGAAGAUCUUUCAGCCUCAUGUGUUUUUGUUGAGGGGGUGUUAGAAGAAAGUCUUGCUAAGCUUGAGAAAGAGGAGCUAGAUUCUGAUAAUUUUGUGAGAUGGGAACUUGGAGCUUGCUGGAUACAACACUUGCAAGACCAAAAAAAUGCAGACAAAGAUAAGAAACCGUCAAACGAGAAGGCUAAAAAUGAGUUGAAGGUUGAGGGACUUGGGACACCUCUUAAAUCUCUUAAGAACAGCAAGAAAAAAUCAGAUGGAGGCAAUACCAAGCUGCAAUCUGAAAGCUCAAAGUCUCAUGUAGAUGGUGUUGUUGCGGAAGUUGAAAAUAGUAUAUCCCCUUCUGUGGAAUCAAAGCUUGAGACUAAUGCAAAGAAUGAGCUUGUGUUGACAGAGAUAUUGUCUGAUGCUGCCUUUGCUCGACUAAAAGAUUCAGAAACUGGACUUCACUGCAAGUCUCUGCAAGAACUGAUCGACUUGUCUCAGAAGUAUUACUCUGAAGUUGCUCUUCCCAAACUGGUAGCAGAUUUUGGUUCCUUGGAACUUUCACCGGUUGAUGGUCGGACCUUGACUGAUUUCAUGCAUACUAGAGGUCUUCGGAUGCGCUCUCUGGGGAAUGUUGUCAAGCUUUCGGAGAAGCUAUCCCAUGUGCAGUCCCUUUGCAUUCAUGAGAUGAUAGUGCGAGCUUUUAAGCACAUACUUCAGGCAGUGAUUGCUGCCGUUGGUAACACUGAGAAAAUGGCUGUUUCAAUUGCUGCUGCAUUAAAUCUUAUGCUGGGGGUUUCUGAUAAUGAAGAAUUAAAUAAGUCUUGCAAUGUUCAUUCUCUUGUGUGGAAAUGGCUGGAGGUAUUCUUGCGAAAGAGAUAUGGAUGGGAUAUUAACAGCUUCAACUAUGACGAUGUGAGGAGAUUUGCGAUUCUACGUGGAUUAUGUCACAAGGUGGGUAUUGAGAUGGUUCCAAGGGAUUUUGAUGUGGAUUCUCCAAGUCCGUUCCAAAGUUCAGAUAUUGUCAGCCUAGUCCCAGUGCAUAAGCAAGCUGCUUGCUCUUCGGCAGAUGGUAGGCAACUCCUAGAAUCAUCAAAAACAGCUUUAGAUAAGGGAAAACUUGAAGAUGCAGUUGCAUUUGGCACUAAGGCUCUUGCAAAGCUGGUAGCAGUUUGUGGUCCCUACCAUCGAAUGACAGCAGGAGCUUACAGCCUCCUUGCUGUAGUUUUAUAUCACACUGGAGACUUCAAUCAGGCUACAAUUUAUCAGCAAAAGGCCCUGGAUAUCAACGAGAGAGAAUUAGGGCUUGACCAUCCAGACACCAUGAAGAGUUAUGGGGAUCUUGCUGUGUUCUAUUACAGACUUCAACAUACGGAGCUGGCUCUCAAGUAUGUAAAGCGUGCUCUGUAUCUUUUGCAUCUCACAUGUGGACCAUCUCAUCCAAACACUGCUGCAACAUACAUCAAUGUGGCUAUGAUGGAGGAAGGCCUGGGAAAUGUGCAUGUUGCCCUUCGAUAUCUACACAAAGCCUUGAAGUGUAAUCAAAGGUUACUCGGCCCGGACCAUAUUCAGACAGCAGCAAGUUACCACGCUAUUGCAAUUGCUCUCUCUUUGAUGGAAGCUUACCCUUUAAGUGUUCAGCAUGAGCAGACAACUUUGCAAAUUCUACGAGCAAAGCUUGGCCCAGAUGACUUACGGACACAAGAUGCUGCUGCUUGGCUUGAGUACUUUGAGUCCAAGGCUUUCGAACAGCAAGAAGCUGCAAGAAAUGGGACUCGAAAGCCUGAUGCAUCUAUUGCCAGCAAAGGCCACUUAAGUGUAUCAGAUUUGCUUGACUACAUUAGUCCAGCUCAUGGUGCCAAAGGGAGAGAGGUGGCAGGAAAGAGGAAAAGCUACUUAACAAAGUUGAAGGAAAAAUCCAUCCAAACUAUCAGUUCAGCUAGUUCUGAUGAGUCUUCAAAAGAAACCACAAAAGAGGGUUCGGACGAAGAGGGUCAGGAGACGAAUGUACUUGAACCAAUUGAUAGAACAGAUGUUAUCCAGGAGAGCAGACCUCCUCUGGUUGAACCUCAGCACGUCGUGGAAGAGAAUGCAGAGGAAAAUUCAAAUGUUUUCGAUCAGAUAUCUUCUGAAACAUAUAUCGAAGGUGGUGAUGAUGGGUGGCAAUCAGUUCAAAGACCUAGAUCAGCUGGCUCAUAUGGGCGGCGUCUAAAGCAGCGGCGGGCAACUAUUGGGAAGGUCUAUAAUUACCAGAAGAAGUAUGUUGAAAGUGACGUGGACUAUUCUUCAGUGAAGAAUAUUAAUCAAAACAGUAGUUAUUAUCUUGUAAAGAAAAGGCCAACAUCUCACGGAAGUUAUGCAGACAAUCAUACUGCAAAACCCUCCCAAGGUACUAAGUUUGGACGGAGAAUAGUUAAAGGUGUAACAUACAGAGUUAAGUCUAUGCCUUCGUCUACCAAAGUAGAUACCGAAGAGCCCUCUAACGGUGGCAAAAUUUUGAGUUCUCCAUCAGAAUCUAUUCAAAACGCUUCACCACAUGGAAUUGGCCCAGUAAAAAAUUCCGUAGUCAGUCUUGGGAAGUCUCCUUCUUACAAGGAAGUAGCAUUGGCUCCACCAGGUACUAUUGGGAAAUUUCAAACCCAGUACAACAUUCCAGAUAAUCAGGAACAUGGUGUCCGAGUUCAUGAGGAAGAAACAACUGAAGUCAAAGGAGAUUCCAAACCAAACACAACUGAGUUAGGAAAUGUACUUGAAGAAAAGGACUCUGUGUUGGACUCUGUAUUGGUUACGACAGACCACAUACCAGACGAAACCGGAGCUGCUGAGAAGAAAGGAGAAGUUAUUUCAAACGAUUCAAAGGAAGAUAAGUCUUCACUGAUGGUAUUAGAGAGUUUGGAUGGACACGGAUCCAGCGGUGUUAAGAUUGAUGAAGUGGUAGAAGAUAACUUGUUGACAGACGGAGUGCCAAAAUCUUUGGGUUCUCCCAAGGGAUGUGAGACGGAUCCAUCUGGUACUUGUGAACUGCAUGACUCCAACUCUACCAUGCAAGGUGUAGACGAUGCUGUGAGUUCAGUUGAUACUCGGGGACUGCCCAGUAAGAAGCUAUCUGCCUCAGCAGCUCCAUUCAAUCCCUCACCACCUGCUGCACGUGCUGCUCCGGUUUCCAUGAACAUUGCAAUACCUUCGGGUGCGGGUAAUGUCCCAACUGUUGCACCUUGGCCAGUAAACAUGAAUCUUCAUCCAGGGCCCGGUACUGUCUUACCCACGGUCAAUCCAAUGUGCUCCUCCCCUCACCACCCAUACCAUUCUCCUCCUGCGACCCCAAACAUCAUACAACCAUUGCCUUUUAUGUACCCUCCUUACAGUCAACCCCAAGUAAUCCGAACCAGUGCCUUUCCCAUUACUAGCAGCGGGUUUCAUCCAAAUCAUUUUGCAUGGCAAAAUGUGAACCCCCAUGUUCCCGAGUUUGUUCAUAGUCCAGUUUGGCCUGGUUGUCAUCCAAUGGAUUUCUCUGCCCCUACACCUGUUGCUGAGCCAAUUUCUGAACCGACAGUGGAGCCAAAAUUUCACAAUGAUGAUUCUGCUCCAGUUCUGCCAGCGGACAUUGACAAUUUGGAGGAAACUAAGCAAGAAGUGAACCUUCUGACGUCAGAGGCAAUGAGCAAUGCAGUUGAAAGUGUAAAGGAAAAUGGUCCUUCAAACCUUUGCAGGGUUGAACUUGCUCAGAGCGAACCAACUGACAACCCAAAUGGAAAUGCUGCAAGUAGCGGUGAACGAACAAACGAUGGAGAGAAAACCUUCAGCAUUUUGUUGAGGGGUAGGAGAAACAGAAAGCAGACUCUGCGAAUGCCAAUCAGUUUGCUCAGUCGACCGUAUGGCUCACAGUCCUUCAAAGUCAUAUGUAACAGAGUAGUCAGAGGGAAUGAUGCUACCAAAGCCACCAGCUUUUCAUCAAGUGAAAAUUGCACAGCUACUGCUACUUAACGCCAAUUUGCUUUUGCUACCGAUCAGGGCAGCCGGAUUUUCUAGAAAAAAGCUGGAUUCCUGACAAGAAUCACUUGAUCUUUUGUGGCUCUUUUGUUAACAAAGCACGUUAGUUUCUGCUUACACAUGGUCCUCAAAAAAUGAAUUCAGGUUUGCAGUAGGAAGCUUAUGUUUUGCGACUUGUGUGGGAAGGGUUUUUAUGGGGUGACAAUUUUGGUUCAUCACAUAUGAGAAAUUUUGUUAUUUUUGGAUUAUCGGACCACAGCAUUCAGAAUCAAAACUGAUACCAGUUCUUAUUUUGGCUACAAUAAAUGGGAUUUUGAUUUUUAAUUUGGAUAAAUUGUAUAUGACCUAAUUAUGAUUUCUUUUUCUUCAUUUCCUUAUCUAAUUUUAGAUGAGUAUUAACUUUAUUAAC